CCCAAGUUCGCAAGCACGGGUUCUUCGCGUCCCGCUGCCGGGUUAAUUCAAACGCGCAGAUAGCAAUCGAGACCACACGAGAUAUGUGCAUUCACUACUCACCGUGCUGACGGCUACUUUCUGAAGGGUUACCAAUUGUACAAGCGUACGAGGAGGCGGGGAGUGACGUGCGGUUGCAGCUGAACAGCAUUGCCAUUUAGGAGGAACGAUAUGAAACGGUUUAUUCACAAUUUCGGCCAGGCGGCGCGGGAAUUUAAACCACGAUCAAGUUACUGGAGACGAUAUCUCACUACGCAAAAUUUGAAGCUAGAUGAAUUGAAGAAUAAUCUAGAAAAGGGUCCAGGACUCAAAGAAUUUCUCGUUGUGGGAAAGGAUCUUCCAGUUAUCAAACAAACAGAUUUAAUCCCUUAUCUGAAGCCCGAUGAGUACUCCGGCCAAGGAAGGAAAGUAUUUUUUGAGGUCUAUGGGUGCCAGAUGAAUGUAAAUGAUACUGAAGUUGUCUGGUCCAUCCUAAACGAUAAUAAAUAUAUAAAAUGUGAUGAUGUAAAAGAGGCGGAUGUGAUCCUAGUGGUUACUUGUGCCGUUCGAGAGGGAGCUGAACAGAAGAUUUGGAAUCGACUCAAACAUCUCCAUGCGAUGAAACGAAAUCGCUCAAAACGCAAAGGUCCACUGCAGGUCGGUGUCCUAGGAUGUAUGGCUGAACGACUGAAGACUCAACUUUUGGAAAAGGAGCAAUGGGUGGACGUGAUUGCAGGUCCAGACAGCUACAAAGACCUCCCACGACUCCUAGCUAUAACAAAAUCCGGUGCCUCCGCUGUUAACGUUCUCCUCUCCCUGGACGAAACGUACGCGGACAUAAUGCCCGUUCGGCUUAACCAGGACGCAGUAACAUCUUUUGUUUCUAUCAUGCGCGGCUGUGAUAACAUGUGUUCAUACUGCAUUGUGCCAUUCACUAGAGGCAGAGAACGAUCACGACAAAUUUCAUCAAUUGAAAAUGAAGUUCGCGCUCUAUCCGAAAAAGGAAUCAAGGAAAUAACUCUACUAGGACAAAACGUCAACAGUUACCGAGACCUCUCAACACAGCCAGAAGUUACAAGCCGCGAGACGAAACUGGCACCCGGUUUCAGGACAGUUUACAAAACGAAAGUCGGAGGAGUUCGUUUCGCCGAACUACUUGAACGAAUGGCAACCAUUGCCCCCAAUGUACGUUUCCGGUUCACAUCUCCACAUCCUAAAGACUUUCCAGAUGAGCUCUUGCAAGUUAUUCGAAACAAUAAAAACAUAUGCAAAAGUAUCCAUCUUCCCGCUCAGUCAGGCAGUUCGACAGUUUUGGAGAGAAUGCGGCGAGGUUACACCAGGGAGGCGUACCUCGAUCUAGUCAAAAACAUUCGAGAUCUAAUCCCGAAUAUUUGCUUAUCGAGCGAUUUCAUUUGUGGGUUUUGCGGUGAAACUGACGAAGAAUUCAAAGAUACGAUCAGUCUAAUUCGUCAAGUAAAAUACAACGUUGCGUACUUAUUUGCCUACAGCAUGCGCGAGAAGACAACUGCCCAUCGAAGAUAUAAGGACGAUGUAGCCAAGGAUGUAAAAAUUGAACGAUUAAAAGAGAUGGUUGUAGCAUAUCGCGAAGGUGCCGAGGAACUGCAUCGGAAAUUCAUAGGCGAAAAACAAUUGAUUCUGAUAGAGGGAAAGAGUAAGCGGUCAGAGCAAGAGCUUUAUGGGAGGAAUGAUGGCAACAUUAAAGUUAUUAUCCCAUCCGUGAAUUUACCAUUGCAUCCAGGAAGCGGAGAAACAAAGAGCAUCGAAGUUGGGGACUUUAUUGCUGUGAGAAUUAAUGAAACGAAUUCGCAGGUCCUGAAGGGAGAGCCCCUAUAUCACAGUUCGUUGGUAGAAUUUGAACCUUAAUCAUAAGGAAAUUGAUAGAAACUUGGUUGACCAAAUACACCAUUUUAAUGGCUA